UCGACCCCAACGUGCAGACCAUGAAGUACCAAGAGAAGGAGCAGAUCAAGACCCUCAACAACAAAUUUGCUUCUUUCAUCGAGAAGGUGCGAUUACUGGAGCAGCAGAACGAGGUGCUGGAGACCAAGUGGAGCUUUCUGAAGGGUCAGAAACAUGGCAGGAACACCAUCGUGCCCAUGUUGGAGGCUUGUAUUGGGAACUUGAAGAAGCAGUUGGAAGCACUGGGGUGCAACAGAGCCCGGUUAGAAACACAACUGAAAGCAGUCCAAGAGGCUUUGGAAACCAAUAAGAAAAUAUAUGAGGAUGAACGCAGCCGGCGGAGCAGCACUGAGAAGGAGUUGAUUGCCCUGAAGAAGGACGUGGAAUGCUUUUUCUUAAACAAAGCAGAGCUGGGGGCCAAGGUGGGAAGGAUGGAAGGAGAGUUUGGCUUCCUCAGGGUGCUCUACGAGGAGGAGAGCCACCAGCUGCGGGCCCACAUCUCAGACACGGCAGUGGUUGUGCAGAUGGACAACAGCUGGGAUCCCAACCUGGAUGGCAUUGUUGCCAACGUCAAGGCUCACUAUGAGGACACUGCCUGCAGGAGCAGGGCAGAAACUGAAGCCUGGUGUAAAGGCAAGUUCAAGGAGCUGCAAGUUACUGCAGGCAGAAAUGCUGAUAGUCUGCAAGAGAAGAAAAGAGAGGCGGCUGAGCUGGCACGGAUGGUCAAGAAACUGAGCGGAGAAGUCAGGAGUGCCAAGGAGCAGUGCUGCAAACUGGAAACAGCCGUGGCUGAUGCUGAGCAGCGCAAGGAAAUGUCCAUCAAGGAUGCAAAGAGCAAACUCACCGAGCUGGAGGCAGCUCUGCAGAAGGCGAAGCAGGACCUGGCCCGGCAGCUGUGGGAGUUCCAGGAGCUGAUGAACAUCAAGCUGGCCCUGGACGUCGAGAUCACGACCUACAAGAAGCUGCUGGAGGGCGAGGAGAGCAGGCUCUGUGCAGAAGGAGGCGUCCCCAUCAACAUCUCUUUGCCUUUCACAGCUGUCUGCCAUUCCCAAGGAGGUCUUGCCUACAGCCCAGAACCCGGCUUUGCUGGGUUGGCCAACGGAAGCUCAUGCAUUAGGAGUGGGAGCACCCACGUGAAGGUUGUGUCCAUGGGCAAGUCGACCAUGUAAAGAGCUGCAGAUGAAUGGCAAGGCUGGAAACGAAGCACAGUGCCUACCCUUCUGCCCACACACAGCAAGAGCCUGGCUGGUGCAGGAGCGCACACACCCAGCUCCCCAAUGUUGCACACCUAUUUUCCAUGCAAAGGGAUACAAAAAGCAAAGAGGGGUAUUUCUGUCAAAGAGAUCUGCUGUUUCUGCCAGGGAAUUCUCGAAGCAAACCCCAAAUCCUCUUCACAAUCCCCUUCUUAUGAGCAAUUCAUGUAAGAGGCCCUUGGUGUUAGUUCUUGCUCUUUCUGCUCCUACAGAUCGAAGGAUUAGGGUGAGGUGUAGGACAGAACAGCUGCCACCCAUGAGCUUCUAAUUAGGGCUUCAUUCAGCCCUCUUGCAUUAGCAACUCCCAUAUAUAACCUAUUACUAUAACCUAGUUAUAUCAGCUGUCCUGAUUUACUGAUACACCCCUGGCAUCAGCAGAACUCACCCAAAAUUGCCUAGUUUCCCUACACAUACCAAUUUCACAUCCCAAAGGGUGGAUUUCAGUGGCUGUUGCUGUUUGGAGGUAGUUUGCUUUUUAUUUGCAUUACCUGUUUGGAAACUUAUCCUUUUUCUUCAGGGUUUGUAAUGGUCCGGCUCAUCUAAUGCCAUAAAUACCGUCCUAAAUAAAGGAUCACGGGGCCUGAGCCCACUGUCAGGAAUGACAGGGGCUGAUCCAUCAAUAAGCCUGGCUACAGGUCACAAAACUCCUCUGCUGUCAUGUUCAAGGGAUCCAGAUCCAGCCUUAAAUACAUGGCAUCAGCAUCAAUCACCUUUCCAAUUCACCAGUACCUAAUAAAUUGAGCUGCUAGUCUAAGUACAUUUAUCCUAUUUGAGGUCUGGGAAGGGGAGAGGACGCAGUGAUUUAUUUCUAACGACUUCACAUUUUGUCAGCAAUGCUUGUCAAUGGCUUUUAUCCCAGUUAUGGCCUCGCAUCUCCAAUAAAUCUACAUAGCAAUUCA